UUCAAGAGCAAAUUUUCAAUACGUCCUAAGUAACAAAAUAAACAAAAAUCAGAUUUUUGCCUUAUAUGGUAGCUUAGGAUCUCCUUAGUAUGUGUUCUAAUAAUAUCCGAAAAAUAUUACUCAAAUAUUUCUACAUUUCAAAUUAAAAAAAUCACCUAAGUAACAAUCUACUCAGUGGUAUGUUUUUACCGUUACGUCGUUUAUCCGCUAUAAAGACUAAGUCUUAUGUAACACCGAUAACGCCCAGCUGUUUCGUCAAAAAAAAUUGAAUUGGCUUAAGUAACAAAAUUUAACAAAACAACUUCUUCGGUUCUUACGUCAUAACUGAGUUGGGUCGCACUACUUCUUCCUACAGGGUUUUGCGUUGACGUUUUCGUAAAAAAAUGAAAACGAUCUUCCUUCCUUCACUUGCGCACAGAAAAGCUCCGGGGGUUUUUUUUACUUGCGUGUGGGGGUGGCGAAGAAAAAGUUGAUGGUAAACAAGGGGCAGUGUCAAGCGAUCCCAAAGCCGUUGGGAACAGCGAUUUGGAAGGAUUGCCUGGCGUUAUUCGACAGAACCGUGCCACUCGGACGCUUCCAGAGGAGCAGAUAUUGGUGAACACAUUCACGGUACAUUCCGAAAGGAUGACGGUGUGGAGAAAUCGAGCUUUCCGUGCAUUCACUCGCUUGGCUACUCAGAUCAAUUUUGCCAGCUCGACUGCCUCAAAAUGACGGCCAGUUCCAGCUCAAGUCCCAAAGACAAACGGAUCGGUGACCUGAAUAGUUCGACCCAGUUCGUGGUGUCUCUGGGAGUCAUUGAAUCGCCGGAGAUGGCCCGUGAUUUGACCAGCGUGAUUGAAAAAACUGAUGUGGUCAUUGGCUACAUCAUAAUAAAAGCUGCCCUCUUCGCAUUUUGGAUGUUGAAAAGUGUACCGGAGCUGAUGGACAUCUUCCUGCCGGCAACGCAACCGCAGCUGCACGAGAAAAAUAACAAUCGGUAUCAUAUCUCCGGCGUCUCCCUCCUCACGGAAAUCAGGGAGGCGAGCCGUGACAUGCAGAAUCACUUCUAAAAGAUUGUCCGAAGCUGGUGCGGGUCCUACAGAAUCUAAUCCUAGCAGACUAUCUGCCCUAACGACAUGAGUAUUCGUUAGCAGUUCAUUCCUGACGACCACAACGAUCCGGACGGUUCCAAGGCGAUGCAUCGAAAGAUAUUCUCGCGCAGGUUGUGCAAACCACAUGCACCGACUCCGUCACCUUUCACCGCAUCGUAUCCAACCCGGGUGGACCACCCGUAUCACCCGUAUAUGUACAGUUCAAUUUUUGUUACACACAAUACUUAAUAAUUGGCUAUUGCUGAAUGUUAAUAAAGAGCACCAUGCUUGGGUUUUACUGGGACGCUGGGAACUGAAAGCUAUCCGAAAUGCACCAAGGGGUCGUCCAUAUACUACGUGGAUACUUUAAAGAGAGGAGGAUGUUUUGAAAUGGUCCCUGCUUGUCCACGGGAAGGGGGUUCGGUAUUUUGGAGAUGUCAUGUAGAUCUGAUUUUCUCAACAACACUAAAAAUUCAAUUUUAUUUCGAUUGAGCCUUCCGUUUCGUUACAAGUAGUAUUUCGGAGCAAUUUGACCAUUUGGGAUAUAGGGGAACGUACGUACUCCCUGCCGUUUUGUGCUCUUCGUCCUGGGUUUUUUUUAAACCUAUUGAACUCAAAGUUGGCAUCAAAUCUUGACCAUCCAAGCCGAAUCAUAUACGACCAAAUUUCAGGCAAUUUUGCCGACAAAACCGUAUGACGAAUGGAAUAAACCUGCCGAUAAUACCCCCAAAGUCACCCUGUUAAACUUAAUGAAUCUCAAUCAUUUUUUCAGCUAUUUGUACAUCAAUUUGAGAUCUCUUGGAAGAAAACAAAAUUUACAGCCAAAUUUAGUACUAAAUAAUACGGCGGUAGGGUACUGUAAUC